CUCCUGUCACAAACCAACAUGGCGGCUACCAUUGGAAGACUAUUCAGGACAAGUGUGAGGUUUGCUGCUGGAGGGCUCAGAGCAGCCACCUGUCAAAAUGCUGCUAAAGUCCUCACUGCACCUGCCCUUCAGAAAGCCUGCUUCUCCACUGGUUUGUCAAGAUGGGGAGCUGCAGUCACUCAGCCUGCUCCUGCGUUCAAAGCCACGGCAGUUCACAAUGGAGAGUUCAGGGAGAUGAGUCUUGAGGAUUUUAAAGGGAAAUAUCUGGUCCUCUUUUUCUACCCACUAGACUUUACGUUCGUGUGUCCAACAGAAAUCAUCUCCUUCAGUGAUAAGGCCAGUGAGUUUCAUGAUGUGAACUGUGAUGUGGUGGGUGUGUCUGUGGACUCUCACUUCACUCACCUGGCCUGGAUCAACACUCCACGUAAGGCUGGAGGUCUUGGCCACAUCCACAUUCCCCUGCUCGCUGACCUGAACAAACAGAUCUCCAGGGAUUAUGGGGUGCUGCUGGAAGGGCCUGGGAUUGCGCUCAGAGGCCUGUUCAUCAUUGACCCUCAUGGUGUGGUCAAACACAUGAGUGUGAAUGACCUGCCUGUGGGCCGCUGUGUGGAGGAGACGCUGAGAUUGGUCAAAGCGUUUCAGUUUGUGGAGACUCAUGGAGAGGUGUGCCCCGCCUCCUGGACCCCCGACUCUCCCACGAUUAAACCAACUCCAGAGGGAUCCAAAGAGUACUUUGAAAAAGUUCAUGACUAAAUUAAAU